CUUACACACUCCCUCUCUCUUUUUAGCAGCAACAUAUAAGCCGGCCAUAUUAGAGAGAUGGAAAUAAAGCUUCCUUAAUGUUGUAUGUGUCUUUGAAGUACAUCUGUGCAUUUUUUUUUAGCAUCUAACCAUUCCUCCCUUGUAGCCCUCGGCCCCUCAAACCACCCUCUCCCAUAUCCCACCCGACUAACAUCUCAGUCUCUGAAAAUGCACAGAGAUGCCUGGCUACCUCGCCCUGCCUUCAGUCUCACGGGGCUCAGUCUCUUUUUCUCUUUGGUGCCACCAGCGCGGAGCAUGGAGAUCACGGUACCUACCACCCUCAACGUCCUCAAUGGCUCCGACGCCCGCCUGCCCUGCACCUUCAACUCCUGCUACACGGUGAACCACAAACAGUUUUCCCUGAACUGGACCUACCAGGAGUGCAGCAACUGCUCUGAGGAGAUGUUCCUCCAGUUCCGCAUGAAGAUCAUCAACCUGAAGCUGGAGCGUUUCCGAGACCGCGUGGAGUUCUCGGGGAACCCCAGCAAGUACGAUGUGUCGGUGACGCUGAGGAGCGUGCAGCUCGAGGACGAGGGCAUCUACAACUGCUACAUCAUGAACCCGCCCGACCGCCACCGGGGCCACGGCAAGAUCUACCUACAGGUCCUCAUGGAAGAGCCCCCUGAGCGGGACUCCACGGUGGCAGUGAUCGUGGGCGCCUCCGUGGGCGGCUUCCUGGCGGUGGUCAUCUUGGUGCUGAUGGUAGUAAAGUGCGUGAGGAGGAAAAAAGAGCAGAAACUGAGCACGGAUGACCUGAAGACAGAGGAGGAGGGCAAGACAGACGGAGAGGGCAAUGCGGACGAUGGCACCAAGUAACGCGGCGGCCCGGCCGCCCCUCCCUCGCGUCCUGUCUUCUUCCCCCUGCCCUGCACCGUGUGCCCUGCCUGCCCUCUCUUGGUGUGCUUCUCUUGAACCAGGCUCCCAGUGCCGACCCGGGGCCCCCCGAGCCCCUCACUUCGCGUCCCCCACCCCGCACCAAGAGUGACCCACCUCUCUUUCA